AUGUCGCAACUCAAGCAUGAAAUCUCGUCCUCCGACUUUGAGAUCGAAGCGGAGGAUCGACACAUCGUGCCCAAGAUCGGCUUGCUUCGAGCAGUCGAUACCCUCCGCACCGGCCUCACCUUGGUGGCACUGGCGUCUGGCGCUGCGGUGCUUGGUCUUGCAGCGCAUACCCUGGCUGUGUACAGGGCCACAUCGCUGCCUGCCGAGUACCUGCUGCAGCUGUGGCCAGAGGACUUUGAUGUCCGACCUACAAACUCGCUGAUCGCCUGCGGAGUGCUAGUCCUCGUUGCCAAUACCCUGGCACUCGGUAUGAGCAAGGUGUCCUUCGUCAGCUCCCGCUACAUCGCCCGCUCGUCCGUCUCUGUGACUGCACCAGGGGUUGGCCUCGUAGGUGCGCUGGUGGCCAUGUCCUUCUUUUACGCCGUCAAUGCAUCGACAAAGACCGAUUCGAUCCAGAGUUGGAGCUGCCGCUGGGGCGGCGUGGCCAUGGAUACACGCCCUCACUUUGGUACCCUUUGCAAGGAGAGCAAGGCGGCUCUUACUCUGGCAACGCUGCUUGUGCCGGUCGAGGCGCUGAUUAUUGGCGUUGCCGGGUACGAAGCAGUGCUGCUCCGCCGCAUCAACCAAGGUCUUCAUCACUGA